AUGUUACUUUCCUCUGCGCGUUCGGCAGUUCCUGCCCGUCUUGGCCAGCGAGCAGCCAGCUCUCUUGCCCUCAAAUACUCAAACGCCGUCUUUUCUGCCGCGCUCUCUAAGUCGCCCCAGGUCAUCAACAAGGUCCAGUCCGAGCUCAACACCAUCUCCACCUCUAUUAAGGAGGUUCCGGAGAUCAGCACCUUCGUCACAAACCCCACUCUCUCCGCGAAGGACCGCCAGUCAGGGCUCGCUGCGCUGUACGCGCGUGCGGAGAGCGCCGGGGCGAAGAAGGAACCAGUUUCGGACAUCACCAAAAACCUCUUCGUCGUGCUCUCGGAGAACGGCAGGCUGGGGGAGACGCAGGGCGUUAUAGAGGGGUUCAACGAGCUGGUCGCAACCUACAAGGGCGAGUUGACGGUGACCAUUACUUCCGCUGCACCAUUACCGAGGGACGUACAAACACGCCUCGAGUCGACGCUCAAGCAGUCGCAGGCUGCACAGAAGGCGAAGUCCGUUAAGGUGAUUAACAAGAUCAAUCCCGGUGUGCUCGGUGGAAUUGUUGUCGAUUUCGGAGACAAGACUGUUGACCUGAGCGUCGCAUCUCGCGUCAACAAGCUCAACAGCCUUCUGCAAUUGUCAGUAUAG